CCUAUUUCUGAAUACUAGGUCAGUCAUUCAAUAUGGAAUCCGUUAUCAGCAAUUGAAAAGGAAGGAACAAAAUCUGAAAAUUGAAUAAACAAAAGUAAGGACAGAAAUAAAAAGAAAAAACAACGUACGUGGACAAGCCUCACGCACACGCAAUGCCUAUACAGACUUACUCCAUCUUGGUGUCGUUUCUUUGCGUGUGUUUGCAAUCAUUUUCCAUAGGAUUCGCGUCCCCGCCACGUGCAUUCACGUCCUGUCCGGACAACUGGACGGCUUUCCAGGGCUCCUGCUACUACUUCCAUUAUUUAGAGCAAUCAUUCACUGAGGCACAGCACGCAUGUCUCCAACUGAAUUCCAACCUCGUUCAGAUCGACUCAUUCGAGGAGAACCAGUUCAUCAAAGACUCCCUUAGCCACCAUAUGCCAUCAAAUAGAUGGUGGGUGGGGCUAUCUGAUGACGACAUCGAGGGCAUCUGGAAGUGGACGGGACAGGUGACAGGCCCAAAUUCACAGACUGGUAUCCCGGUGAGCCUAAUAACUACGACAACCACGAAGACUGUGCCAUAUCUGAUGGGUCCUUAAACCGCAACUUCAUGUGGGUCGAUGAAGACUGUAACAUCCACCGCUAUUCUAUCUGUGAGCUCAAAAGCAAUAGCAAUGGACCUAUUAUCGUCGGAUAGAAAAGAGACAGAUACGCCGAAGCAGACACGAAAUAAGAAUGUGUAUUUGUUAAUGUCAACUGCUUGAAACAUGUACGUUCUGUAUUGAAAGCGGAAAUAGUAUUACUAGUUAAGUGUCUGGAUUGUCAAUAUAAAAUACUAUCUCUU